UGAUUUUGCAUUUCCAGGGAGAGAACUGUAAGUAAAUAAUAUAGUUCUCUCCCGUUAGCUCCUGCACACUGCUAUGCUUGGCUUUGCAUAGCAGAGCCAUGCAUAGCAGUGUGCUUACAGUGAAGCACAAACACACACAGCACACAGAUAACCCUUUGAUCACCCCACAUGUUAACCCCUUCCUGCUCAUUGCCAUUAGUACAGUGUCAGUGCUUUUUAUUAGCACUGAUCACUAUAUUGGUGUCACUAGGGAUGUCAGUGACACUAAGUCAGUUCCCCCAGUGUCAGAAUUCCUACCACAGUCCCGC